GAGAAAUAGACACCAAGUCGAUAGGACAUGGGAAUAAAAACUCUCCUGAUAUAAAUAUUUAGUUAAAAUAAAUUGUAUACGAAUCUACGAGAAAUAUAAUUCGUUGAAAAAGUUUUUAUCAUUGAGUUUAUUGAUAAUUAAAAGAAACAAAUUCAGUUGAAAUAGAAACUUAAGGAGAUGUUAAAUAGUUUCUGUUAAACAAUUCACAAGUUCAUUUAACCAAACUUACUAAAUCGUAGUGGCCUAAAAGGAUAUUUUUAAUAAAUUUCAAACACUAGAUAUCUCAACGUGAUUGCUAGGAACGUUAGUUUGGUAUAUAUCAAGCAUAUUUGAAAAUAUAGAGAGAAAGGUGAUAGUUGGAUAAAGAGAUAUGAUUAACGCUAAGAUCCACCGAUUAGGUAUCGGAAUUGUUCUGCUGGCAAUACUAUGCUCAGUGUCAGCAACAAGAAUGAAUACGAAAAGCGGAAGAAGUCUUAUGACUUGGUUACGUUCUAUGCGUACAAAAAGAAAUGGCGAAAGCACAUCCGAUCGUGUUUAUACAUUGGCAGAUGCCAUACCAGGAGAACCCGAUCGAGAUUACCCAAUUCUUAGUGAAAUACCAGACACUGCAUUCUCAUGCGAUGGUCGACCAGGAGGAUAUUAUGCUGAUAUUGAAGCGAGAUGUCAAGUUUUCCGAGUGUGUGCAAAUACUGCGAAUGAUACAGCAAAAGGUUUUGCAUUUUUAUGUCCAAAUGGAACUCUUUUCAAUCAAGAAUUUUUCGUAUGUGAUUGGUAUAAGAAUGUCAACUGUCAAAACAGUGAGAACUUUUAUAAAUUGAAUGAACUUAUUGGCGAUACGAUGGCCUCAUUACCAAAGAGUGAACUGAUGACUUCUGCAAGAGAAAUCAUUAUGUUUCCUCAACAAACUCCUAGCUUCACUGGUGGCAAUGACAUUUACAGUGAAUAUCCAAGAGAACUUGGGACGCAAUUAGGAAUCAAUGGUAAUUCACCAUCACGGGGUACUUCAAAUCUUGGUCAACCAAUUUCCGGUUCAAUCAAUCUUCCUACAAGUCCAUCCUUCGCUACAUCUCCUGGGAGUGGAUCUGGUACACAAAAUGGACCUAGAAAUGGGGGUGACCUCAAUGGCGGACCACAGAGAGGAACUAAUGGUGGGACAGUUUAUGUUAACAGCUUAGGACAAUUGUCAACUGACAGUGAUUCAGGAUUUGAUCCUAAAAAAUCAUUUAUUUUAAAACCUGACAGAGACUCGACAUAUGAUCAAGAUAAUAGAAUACCAAGUAACUCAUUUGAAACACUUAAAGGUAUUGGUAACAGCUACAGCUUUGGUUUUCCGGGGCAUAAUGCACCAACUCGUGGAUCGGAAGAUCUUUCAGAACCUGUUGAUCCAUCAGCAUUUGGCUCAGAUGACAAAUAUUUACCUCCAUACACCAACGAACAAAAUAAACAACUUUACACUUAUCCACAUAACAGACAACCACAAAACGUCAAUGGAUUCCAAGGAGUGCAACCUCAACAUACUGGAGAGAUCAACACACAGUUAGCUGAAAAGAGUCCUAAAUAUGAAGCACCUCAUGUCUAUGGACCUACAGCUCAAACACAAUCUGCGCCAAAAACGAAUAAUUACAAAUCAUCAGACUACCCGUCUCCAUCUCAACAACCAUCAGCUCAACCUCAGUCAUAUCCACAACAAUCAACAUAUACUUCACCUUCAAGAUUCCAACAACCAGCAGCAGCAGCAGCAGCAGCAGCACCUACUCAACAGUCAUAUGCACAACCCUCAACUCCAUUCCAACAAUCCCCAUCAAGUGCAUCUCAGUCACGUUAUCAACAACUUAACGCUGAACAACGACCUCAACAAGGAUCACAACAAAACAAUAAUGGACAACAUUAUAAUCAUCACCAACAAAAAAAUAAUUAUCAUCCAAACAGAUCUUAUCAGCAACCUCAACAACCUCAGCCGUUUAGACCUCAAAACUUUGGACAAAAUCAAAACGCUGAGAGAAGAAUUUCGAAUGGUAAUCAAUAUCAACAAAAUCAACCACAAAAUAGGAACGGACAGUUUAAUAAUGGCAGAGGACAGUCGAAUGAAGCUUUCUUACGUGGAUUACUUCAAGAUAACACGCCUAUUCAUGCUAAUAAAGGAAAAUUAGUUGAACUUAUUGAAAGAUUAUUCAUACCACCAAAUCAAAAUGAUCGAGUUGUGAGUGCUGAUGUUAUUCAUUCUCCAGCAAGAGAAAGUUACACGUUUACUUAUCCUGAUUCCUAUGGUUCCGCAUCGAAUUCAAGAAACGCUUAUCAAUCGUCAAACUCGAGAUAUCAUCAACAUGGUAGCCAAUGUGGACAUCGGGGCUAUUAAAAGCCGUUUUUUAAAUCUUUCUUCAUUUUUUAAAAAAACUGUUUACGUAUUUUUUAGUUGUUUCUUUAUGUCUUUUUAGAAACUUUAUCCUUCUAUUGGAGUUCUUUAGUAUUAUAAAUAAAAUAUGAAAUAAAUGUCAAAUUUAAA